UCCAGGAUGCCGCCACCCGCCGCCUCCUCCCAGCAGCCGCGCGGCCGUUGAAAUGUCUGAUCUCGCGAGAUGAUGCCGGAGCGGACGGCAGCGACGAGAUUUGCUGGCUGGAGUUGCUAUUUGUGUUGAAGGAGGCGAAGGAAGAAAAAAAAAUUAUAGUAAUAACAAUAAUAAAUUCCCCCCCUCUAAAAAAAAAAUACACAAAAAAAAAACCGGGCGAGGAGGAGGGGGGGAAGGAAGAGCGCGAUGGCGUCGGGCGACACGCUGUAUAUCGCCGCCGAUGGCUCCGAGAUGCCGGCCGAGCUGGUGGAGCUGCACGAGAUCGAGGUGGAGUCCAUCCCGGUGGAGACCAUAGAGACCGUGGUGGAGGGCGACGAGGAUGAGGACGAUGACGACGACCCCCAUCAUCACCAUCACCACCACCACCAUCAGCCCAUGAUCGCGCUGCAGCCGCUGGACGAGCAGGGCCAUGUCCACCACCACCAGGAGGUGAUCCUCGUCCAGACCCGGGAGGAGGUGGUGGGCGGCGAUGACUCGGACCUCCGGGCGGACGGAGCCUACGACGACGACCAGAUCGUCAUCCCGGUGCCCACCCCGGUGGGGGACGACGAGUACAUCGAGCAGACAUUGGUGACUGUGGCCGGGAAGAGCUCCGGGGGAGGCGGCGGAGGAGGCCGCGGGAUGAAGAAGGGAGGCAGCGGCAAGAAGAGCAGCAAGAAGAGCGGCGGAGGCUACCUGAGCGGGGGCACCGAGGCCGGGGGCAGGAAAUGGGAGCAGAAGCAGGUGCAGAUCAAGACCCUGGAGGGAGAGUUCUCCGUCACCAUGUGGGCCUCCGAUGAUAAGAAGGACAUUGACCAUGAAACAGUGGUGGAAGAACAGAUCAUUGGUGAAAACUCUCCACCCGAUUACUCCGAAUACAUGACGGGAAAGAAACUCCCACCUGGGGGAAUACCAGGCAUCGACCUGUCUGAUCCUAAGCAAUUGGCUGAAUUUGCAAGAAUGAAGCCAAGAAAAAUCAAAGAAGACGAUGCUCCAAGGACGAUUGCCUGCCCCCACAAGGGAUGUACAAAGAUGUUCAGGGAUAACUCUGCAAUGAGGAAACACUUACACACACAUGGUCCGAGGGUACACGUCUGUGCAGAAUGUGGAAAAGCCUUUGUCGAAAGCUCGAAACUUAAGAGACACCAGCUGGUUCAUACUGGCGAGAAACCAUUUCAGUGCACAUUUGAAGGCUGUGGAAAACGAUUCUCAUUGGACUUCAAUUUGCGCACCCACGUGCGGAUUCACACCGGAGACCGACCCUACGUGUGCCCAUUUGACGGCUGUAACAAGAAAUUUGCUCAGUCGACCAAUCUGAAAUCUCACAUUUUAACACACGCCAAAGCCAAAAACAACCAGUAACACUUUACAAACGGAAAGACGUCUUAGCCUGCGCAGCAUCUUUACAGGUGUAUGACAGAAAAAUACGCCUUCCCUUUGUACAUGAUUUCCAGGGAUACAUUUUAAAAGAAGCCUACUUGUCACCUGAGACAAUUUUGAUAAAUUACUGUAGUCGACUUCAAUGGAAACAACUCUACAAUCCAGCGCUUACGACGCUCUGUUACCCGCUUUCCAGUUUUCAAGUGUAUUUUGUAAAGUGCCCCUCCUCCCCUCCCUUUUUCUCGCCACCCAUCAGGAGAGACGUGUCCCGUAUUUACACCCAGACUUUCCACCACCAUGUUGAAAUUUGGACGUUUUCACCUCUACAUAGACUCUCGCCUGUUCCUGAAAUAUUUUUUUAUUUUAAUUUUAUUUUGUAUUUUUUUUUUUUUUUUUUUGUGCAAGUGUGCAUAUUGUACACUUUUUUGGGGGAUAUGCUUAGUAAUGCUAUGUGAUUUAAUUCUGAAGGUUAAUAACUUUUUUCGCUUGCAGUAGAUUUUCUUUAAAAGAAUGGACAGAUACUGUACUAAAUGCAUACUUCAAAAGUAUUUUUUUCCCUGUAAAAAUCAAAAAACGAGAAAAAAAAAUAGAAAAAAGGAGGAAAAACAAGUCUUUAUAAUAGGUUUUGUUUGCUAUCUUUAUUUUGGUUGUAUUUUUUAGAUGUUAACACCUUUUGUAUAAUUGUACCGUAUAUAGCUGUAUUGAGAUCAUGUAGCACCGAUUUAGUAGACGUGAUUUAAGCUAGUGUUAAUUCAAUCCAUUUUUAGUCAUUUAUUUUUUCGGGGUGGGUGGGAGAAAAAGGUAGGGAGGGGGUGUGGACGGCAGCGUCGAUCCUGCCUGAUGCUUAUUGUUUUUAUUUGUUAGGUCAGUUUCAGAAACUGGUGCUCGGAUGUAGAAUGUAAUGUAUAGGCGCCCCCCUUUUCCCAAAGUUUAGCAAAAUUGACCUGGACAGCAAGUAGCAGACCCUUCCUAUGGUCCCCACCCCAAAUCUGUGAGUUUGGGCAACAAUAUCCUGUAUUUUAAAUUAUUGCAAAUUUAAUUUUUCUUGCCCUUUCCUUCAAAUGAAUUGCUGCUCGUUUAUCUUUAAAGGGGUUAUCCAAGAAGAAACUUAGAGAUAGA